GGAAUAUUGACCUCUGUCAUAGUCUGUUUCUGUUAGUCUCUUCCAGAAAGAUGGGAUUCUCCACAAUCCUCGCUCUGUUGGUCACUUUCAUCAUCACCCUCCACUUUACCAUAUCAUGGUGGAGACAGCGCAGACGGAACAGGUCACUGCCCCCCGGACCCACCCCGCUGCCUUUCUUGGGCACCCCACAAUAUAUGAAUCAGCGAACAGCCGAUAAAAACUAUCCUGUGCUCAGACAAAAGUACGGCUCAAUAUUUACCAUCUGGAAACUGACGGAGCCGGUGGUGGUCCUCUGUGGUUAUGAGGUGGUGAAGGAUGCCCUGCUGAACCACGCCGAGGAGUUCAGUGCCCGCCCAUUUAUACCCACAGUGCACAUCCCCACCAAAGGAUACGGU